AUGGCCGAUGAGAUGAUCAGGACUCAGCUCAUUGUCGCCGAGAAGUUGGUGGCUUUGCUGGAGAGCGGCACAGAGAAGUUGCUGCUGGUUGAUAGCCGCCCCUUUGUGGAAUACAAUACGUCCCACAUCUUGGAUGCCAUCAACAUCAACUGCUCCAAGCUUAUGAAGCGGAGGCUGCAGCAGGACAAAGUCCUGAUUACAGAGCUCAUUCAGCAUUCGGCAAAACACAAGAUUGAAAUUGAUUCCAAGCAGGAGGUGGUGGUGUACGACCAAAGCUCGAAAGAUGUGACCUCUCUCUCACCCGACUGCUUUCUUACCGUGCUCCUGGGCAAACUGGAGAAGAAUUUCAGCUCUGUGUAUCUACUUGCAGGUGGAUUUGCUGAGUUCUCCAGCUCUUUCCCCGGUCUCUGUGAAGGAAAAUCCACGCUCGUCCCUACUUGUAUCUCUCAGCCCUGCCUGCCCGUCUCCAACGUUGGCCCUACCAGAAUCCUGCCGCACCUCUAUCUUGGGUGUCAGCGGGAUGUCCUCAACAAGGAGCUGAUGCAGCAGAACGAUAUUGGCUACGUACUGAACGCCAGCAAUACUUGUCCAAAGCCUGAUUUUAUUCCAGAAUCCCAUUUCCUGCGAGUGCCUGUGAACGACAGCUUUUGUGAGAAAAUUUUGCCUUGGUUGGAUAAAUCAGUCGAUUUUAUAGAAAAGGCAAAAGCAUCAAAUGGCCGUGUGUUAGUGCACUGUUUAGCUGGAAUAUCUCGCUCUGCCACAAUCGCUAUUGCGUAUAUCAUGAAGAGAAUGGAUAUGUCCUUAGAUGAAGCUUACAGAUUCGUGAAAGAGAAAAGGCCAACCAUUUCUCCCAACUUCAACUUUCUGGGCCAGCUUUUGGACUUUGAGAAAAAGAUCAAGACCCAGAGCGGCCAGCCCGGUCAUAUCAGUAAACUGAAACAGAAGCCGUCGGACCGCGGCAGCGUGCCACGCGGGCACUCGUCCCCUCUGGAAGAUGGCCCUCUGGUGCAGGGCAUAAACGGACUGCACGUCUCCCUGGACAAGGUGGAGGACAGCAACCGGCUGAAGCGCUCCUUCUCUUUGGAUAUCAAAUCCGUGUCCUACUCGGCCAGCGGCAGCUGCCUGACUGCGUCGGUGCAGGGCUUUGCCUCCUCCGAAGACCCCCUGGAAUACUACAAGCACGCGAGCGCUUUGGAGGGUGGCAGCAAGUUGUGUCAGUUCUCGCCCGUCCAGGAGGUCUCGGAGCAAGCCCCAGUGCGCAGGAGGCCCAAGCAGGGCGGCCGCGGGGACUCCAGGAGGAGCUGGCACGAGGAGAGCUCUUUCGAAAAGCAGUUCAAGCGCAGGAGCUGCCAGAUGGAGUUUGGGGAGGGCAUCAUGUCGGACAACAGAGCUAGAGAAGAGCUGGGCAAAGUAGGCAGUCAGUCGAGCUUUUCGGGCAGCGUGGAAAUCAUCGAGGUGUCUUGA